CUCAACAGGAGGACUUAAUUUUGGAACUCUGGGCUCUUCCACUGCUACAGCAACUACAUCGGCUCCUUCAGUGGGCUUUGGGAGUGGACUUUUUGGAUCGAAAUCAACUACUGGCUUUACACUAGGAGGCACCAGUACAGGAACAGCAACAACUAUUGCUACAGGACUGACACUAGGCACACCUGCCACCACAUCAGCAGCUACCACUGGCUUUAGUUUAGGUUUCAACAAACCUGCAGGUUCAGCCACGCCAUUUGCUUUACCUGUUACUUCUACCUCAGCGGGUGGCCUGUCAUUAUCAUCUGCUCUUACAUCGACUCCUGCAACAGGAAAUACUGGCUUUACAUUAAAUUUGGGUGGUACAACUGCGCCAACUACGACUGCAUCCACAGGCCUUUCCUUAGGAGGAGCCCUAGCAGGUUUAGGGGGUUCACUCUUCCAGAAUACAAGCAUGGCAGCAACAGGACUUGGACAGAAUGCUUUGGGUUUGACUCUGGGGGCAACUGCAGCUCCUUCAACUACUGCCAGUGAAGGUCUUGGUGGCAUCGAUUUUAGUAGUUCUUCAGACAAAAAGAGUGACAAAACAGGAACAAGACCAGAAGAUAGCAAAGCCCUAAAGGAUGAAAAUCUACCUCCAGUGAUCUGUCAAGAUGUAGAAAAUCUACA